GAGCUGAGGGCGGGCAGGCAGCAAAGUAAGGGACUGGGUGGGUAGGUGGAUAGGGGAGGGAAUCGUUCGCAGGGGUGUGAGUUCGUGCAAAGGUGCCCCCAGGGGUGUGAAUUCUGCACUGACCCCCCCCCCCAUCGGGAGAAGUUGGUGCUGAGCUGGGAUGACCCCGGAGGAGUGGACCUACCUGGCCGUGUUGCUUUUCUCUAUCCCCAUUGGCUUUGUCUUCAAGAGAGGGGGACACCAAGUGAAGCAAUUUGGGGGGGCAGCCGUGGGGCUGCUCCUGACGCUGGUCACCUGCAACAUCCACACCUUGCACUCCCUGGUCACCAUCCUGGGCUCAUGGGUCAUUCUCAGCCUCUCCCCCCGGUCCUGUCACUACCUGACCCUCGGCUGGACCUUCUCCUACCUGCUCUUCUUCCGGACAGUGACUUUCUUCGGGCUGCCGGCCCCCACCCCCUUCACCAACGCCGUGCAGCUGCUGCUGACCCUCAAGAUGGUGAGCCUGGCCAAUGAGGUGCAGGAGAUCAGUCGGGCCAAGAAGCAGGACGUCACCUCGUUCACCAAGGGCCCCGCGAUGGGGCUGAUCCCCAGCGUGCCGGGGCUGGGCUCGAUCCUCUGCUACAGUUACUGCUACGUGGGGCUCAUGACAGGCCCCUUCUUCCGCUACAGGACCCACCUGGACUGGCUGCAGCAGCCAGACUCGCAGGCCAUCCCCAGCUGGCGCCCCCUGGUGGCGCGGGCCAGGCUGGUGCCGGUCUACGGGCUGCUCUUCCUGGGGGCCGCCUGGCUCUUCCCGCUGGAGUACGUGCGGAGCGAGGCCUUCGCCGCCCGGGCGCUGCCCUUCCGCCUCUUCUACAUGGUGCCCGUCUUCUUCGUCUUCCGCAUGCGCUUCUACGUGGCCUGGCUCUGCGCCGAGUGCGCCUGCAUCGCCGCCGCCUUCGGGGCCUACCCCAGGGCCGCCCGCGCCCGCCCCGGCGGGGGCCCCACCGUCCACUGCCCCAGUGCGGAGGAGGGGGCGCCAGGGGCGGCUCCCCCCGAGUACGACUACGAGACCAUCAAGAACAUCGACCCGUACGGCACCGACUUCUGCGUGCGGGUGCGGGACGGCAUGCGGUACUGGAACAUGAGCGUGCAGUGGUGGCUGGCCCAGUACAUCUACAAGAGCGCCCCCUUCCGCUCCUACGUCAUGAGGAGCGGCUGGACCAUGCUGAUCUCGGCCUAUUGGCACGGCCUGCAUCCCGGCUACUACCUCAGCUUCCUGACCAUCCCGCUGUGCCUGGCGGCCGAGGGGGCGAUGGAGGCCGGGCUGCGGGGGCGCCGGGGGGCGGCGCCGGAGCCGGAGCCCGACCGCUCCUGGGGCGCCUGGCUGCACUGGUUCCUCAAGAUGCGGGCCUACGACUACAUGUGCAUGGGCUUCGUGCUGCUGGAGCUGGGCGCCACCCUGCAGUACUGGCGCUCCGUCUACUUCUGCGUCCACCUGGGCGCCCUGGCCCUGCUGCUCCUGGGCCGCGCCCUGCCCCGGCCCGCCCCCCCCGCCGCCCAGGGGCCGCACCGCGAGUGAGGGGCUGGGGGAGCCCCCUGCCCAGGACCUCUGGGGGCCGGGGAAUAGCCAGGGCGUAGGGCCCCCCGGCUGGGAACAGGAUCCGCACAUCGGCUCUGUGCUGGCCAUGGAGGGGGUUGGGGGGAAGGGCACAGGCAAAGGGGAUGGCCCCCCAUCCUCCCCUCUCUACAGCCCCCCCCCCUCCUGGCUGGCUGGGAGGGGGAAUCUGCCCCAGAUUUCCUUGGGGGGGGGGGAGGAGACACUGAUCUGCUACUCUGGUUCCCACAAGGGUUCUGGCAGGCCUGCCCCUCCCCCUCUCCCUGUGUGUGGGGGGUAGGAGCCCUUCCCCCCCCCAGGCAGGAGAUUCUCCCCCCCCCCAGCAAGACCCCCAAAUAAGAGGGUGUUUUCUACCCCUCCCCCCAGCUGAUGCUACACUGUGGCCUUAGAUGAGGGGUUCUCAGACGGGGUCGAGACCCCUCAGGGGGUCGUGAGGUUAUUGGGGGGUCAUGAGCUGUCAGCCUCCACCCCAAACCCCCCUUUGCUGCCAGCAUUUAUAAUGGUGUUAAAUAUUUAAACAGUGUUUUUAAUGUACGGGGGGUCGCACGCGGGGGCUGGCUGUGUGAAAGGGGUCACCAGUACAAACGUGUGAGCACUAUUGCCUUAAAGGGACCAGCCUCCAAUGGGGGAGAGGGGGUGGGAAGAGGGUCCCCCCCCCAAUUGGGUGUGAAACAAGUUGGCACCUUCUCAGGCAGAGCCUGCCGGGGCCACAAAACUCCCCACUCCCAACCAGCUUGCAGGGGCGGGGGGGCUGUUUUUUAGGGGGGGAAGAACAUCCCUCAGCAUGAGCAGCGGGUCUGUGCUUAGCUGGGGGGGGGGAGUCGAGGUGCAGGGGGGUUGGGGAGCAGGGGGUCGCUGGCAGAAGCCCCCUCCCGCUCGGAGGUUUCUGUUCCUUUCCUGUGCUAUUAACCACU